AUGGUAUUUGUGAUCAGUUGUCUUUCUGUGAAUGGAAAAAUGAGCCUGCUUACAGCUACUCCUUCAGCUCAGAGCUCUGUUUCAUCUAGACUGCUGAGACUUAGCAUCUUUCUACUGCUUGGCCUGCCUGACUCAAAAGGAAAAGCCAUUUGGACAGCACAUCUGAAUAUCACAUUUCAGGAGGGAAAUCAGAUUAUAUCAGAAUUAGGUGAGAGUGGAGUUUUUGGAAAUCAUUCUCCUCUGGAAAGAGUGUCUGGUGUGGUAGUACUUCCUGAAGGAUGGAAUCAGAAUGCUUGUAACCCCAUGACCAAUUUCAGCAGGCCUGAACAAGCAGACUCUUGGCUGGCCCUAAUUGAACGGGGAGGCUGUACAUUCACACAUAAAAUCAAUGUGGCUGCACAGAAGGGAGCAAAUGGGGUCAUCAUCUAUAACUACCCAGGAACAGGCAACAAAGUAUUCCCCAUGUCUCAUCAAGGAACUGAAAAUAUAGUGGCAGUGAUGAUAGGCAACUUGAAAGGCUUGGAACUUUUAUACUUGAUUCAGAAAGGAGUUUAUGUAACGAUUAUCAUAGAAGUGGGAAGAGUAUACGUGCCCUGGAUGAGCCAUUAUAUCUUGUAUCUGUCUUACUUCCUGGUUUUCAUGUUUACCUACUAUUGUUUUUACUGUACCUGGAGACCUCAGAUGCCCAAUUAUUCCUUAAGAAGGCGAAGACAGAUGAAGGUAGAUGUGAAAAAAGCUAUUGGUCAGAUUGAAUUGCGAAUGCUCAAAGAAGGAGAUAAAGAGAUAGAUCCAAAUGAAAAUGAUUGUGUUGUUUGCUUUGACACAUACAAACCUCAAGAUGUAAUACGUAUUCUAGCUUGCAAACAUUUUUUCCAUAAGGCAUGCAUUGACCCUUGGCUCUUAGCUCACAGGACAUGUCCAAUUUGCAAGUGUGACAUUCUGAGAACCUAA